GGGGGGUCUCUCCUCGAGCCGCUGCCGGUUCCCGGUGUCACCGGGGGGGUGAUGGGCACGGGGCGCUGCCGGUGGCGGCGGCGGCGGCGACAAUGACGGUGCCGCUGCUGAAGAUCGGGGCCGUGCUCAGCACCAUGGCCAUGGUCACCAACUGGAUGUCCCAGACCCUCCCGUCGCUCGUGGGGCUCAACGGCACCGCCGUGUCCCGGGCCGGGACAUCCGAGAAAAUCACCCUUUUCCAGAGCCCAGACGAGGGCUGGCAGGUUUUCACCUCGGCGCAGGCUCCGGAUGGGAAAUGUCUCUGCACCGCCGUGAUUCCCGUGCAGGGAUCCUGCUCCCGGGAUCUCCGCAGCCUCCAGCUCCGGCAGCUCCUGGAAAAGGUGCAGAACAUCUCCCAGUCCAUGGAAGUCCUGGAUCUCCGCACCUUCCGGGACCUGCAGUAUGUGCGGAACACGGAGGCGCUGAUGAAGGGCCUGGACUCGCGGCUCCGCGUGGCCUCUGAGGGCCACAAAGCCCUCAACGCCCGCAGCUUCCAGGAUCUGAAGGAGAAGAUGCGGGAGCUGCUGCCGCUGCUGCCGGUGCUGGAGCAGUACAAGGCGGACUCGCGGCUCAUCGUGCACCUCAAGGACGAGGUUCGGAACCUCUCCGGAAUUCUCCUGGCAAUCCAGGAGGAGAUGGGAGCUUACGACUACGAGGAGCUGCAGCAGCGCGUGCUGCUGCUGGAGGCGCGGCUGCACGCCUGCCUGCAGAAGCUGGGCUGCGGAAAGCUGACAGGGGUCAGCAAUCCCAUCACCAUCCGCGCCUCGGGGUCGCGCUUUGGAUCCUGGAUGACCGACACGAUGACGCCCAGCACUGACAGCCGGGUGUGGUACAUGGAUGGCUACUACAAAGGCCGCCGCGUGCUGGAAUUCCGCAGCCUCACCGACUUCGUCUCCGGCCAAAACUUUGUCCAACACCUCCUGCCUCACCCUUGGGCCGGCACCGGCCACGUAGUCUUCAACGGCUCCUUGUACUACAACAAAUUCCAGAGCAAUGUCGCCGUCCGCUACCACUUCCGAUCCCGCAGCGUCCUGGUUCAACGCAGCCUCUCCGGCGCCGGAUACAACAACACCUUCCCGUAUUCCUGGGGCGGCUUUUCCGACAUCGACUUCAUGGUGGAUGAAAACGGACUUUGGGCCGUCUACACCACCAACCAAAACGCUGGGAACAUCGUGGUGAGCCGGGUGGACCCGCACACUUUGGAAGUGCUGCGGAGCUGGGAUACGGGAUACCCCAAACGGAGCGCGGGCGAAUCCUUCAUGAUCUGCGGGAUUCUCUACGUCACCAAUUCCCACCUGGCCGGCGCCAAGAUUUAUUUCGCUUAUCACACGAACACUUCCAGCUACGAAUACACGGAUAUCCCCUUCCAUAAUCAGUAUUCCCACAUUUCCAUGCUGGACUACAACCCACGGGAGAGGGUGCUCUACACCUGGAAUAACGGCCACCAGGUCAUCUACAACGUCACGCUCUUCCAUGUCAUCAACACGGCCGGAGAGCUGUGAUGGACAUUCCCAAGGGGAGAGAGAAUUCCCAGCUUUUUGGUUUUUUACGCUUCCACGCUUCCCCUUUACCGUCCUUGCAAUUCCAGAGGGACGCAAUGACGAGGUGGAAAUUCCCAGUUCUCUGCGUGUCCCAGACUGAAAUUCUGCUUUAUUCCUAUUAUUUUGUACCUAUGUUGCAUUUCCCCUC